CGCGGGAGACAGGACGCGAGGGAAGAGCGGCUGGUUCUGCGCUGGUUCUGCGCGGGUCGGUGGGCGCCCGACAGCCCCUGGGCGGCCACCCAGCAUCGCACAGACCCACCCCCGCCCUGCGCCAGGCUCCACCCCAGCCCAGGACCCGCUACACCAGCAUGGACUGCUGCACCGAGAGCGCCUGCUCCAAGCCGGAUGACGACAUUCUAGACAUCCCCCUGGACGACCCCGGUGCCAACGCGGCUGCAGCCAAAAUCCAGGCGAGUUUCCGGGGCCACAUGGCACGGAAGAAGAUAAAGAGCGGAGAGUGUGGCCGGAAGGGACCAGGCCCGGGGGGCCCAGGCGGAGCUGGGGGCGCCCGGGGAGGCACGGGCGGCGGCCCCAGCGGAGACUAGGCCAGAACUGAACAUUUCCCAAGUUCCCCAGGAGAGAUGGAUGCCGCGACCCCUUCGCAGUGACGAGACUUUCCUACCGUGUUUGUGAUCCCCCUCCCACCCCUCCCCACCCACCUGCCAGCUUCAGGAGCCCCCCUCACCCCCCUCCCCAACUCUGCGCCCCGAGACUCCCCUCCCCAGGCAGGCUUCGUCAUGGAGUCGCUACGUCUGUGCCCUUUGAGUUCGAUCUCCAGUCUCGCGUUGGUCCUCAUUCGCCCUCCCUCCCCGCCCACCCCCAGCCCUUAAACCCCACGCUCCC